AUGUCAUUGAAUGGCCUCGAUGCGACCGAAGUUCAGGAGGCAUACCAGUCGGCCAUUGCGGAGGCUGGAGGAUGGUUCCUGCUGAAGUACGAAUCAAGAGACGCGGUGAAUUUGUUGAGCAAAGGCAAACAUGGCGUAUCUGAAGCACGCAAUGCGCUGGCGGCCUACCCAGAGGCUUCGCCGCUGUAUGGGCUGCUCAUGUAUCGACGGCGGCGUAUACUCAUAAAGUAUAUACCAGAGGGGACUUCACGACUUUUGCAGGCUCGAACGUUGGUCCACCUCCAAGAUGUGCUCGAACACUAUGCACCUCACGAAACGCUGCUGGAGCUAACAGACAGCGAUGGGUUGAAUGACACCGCUCUCGCCGCUUCCUUCCACCUGCACACCGCGUCGCCAUCUCCCGGCCCCGGCCGUCUCGACGAGUUGCGUGAAGAGGAGGAAGAUGAUGGUGCUCAGGGAGACUCUAGCAGCGCCAACACUUCUGCGGCGACAACAUUGGGUCCGCAAAGAUACGGAGCAGAUCGAGGUAUUGGGAAGCGAGCACAACGUUCCAUGACUUCACUGCAUUCACUCAACCCCAACACCCCACCUGCCGCAGGGCUGUCAAUAGGAACGCCAGCUGAAGUACCUAGCCUAAAUGUUCCGUCUGCCAUCAACCCUGGUCCACUCCCAUCGACAUCACACGAACCACCAGCAUCACUUCCGGCAGAGGCUCCACGAAUAAGUGCAUCGCCUGGUCCUGAGUCUGACACAAUGGUCCCUCAGGCACAGUCGGCUCACGCAAUCGACAUUACUGUCACGCGCAGUGACCUUGAAUCCAGCUCGCAGUCACCAGAAGGAGAGGCUACUGAACUCCCACAACGUCGACAGUCACUCGGCGCAAUCUCGCUUAUGCGCUCGCAGUCAAUGGACGAUGACCCGUACGACUUCAGUCAGUAUGAUGCAUUAUUCAAACCAAAGAUUAAACUUGGUCCACGACCGAUCACCGCGCCGGAUAAGGUGAAGCGCCCGGCAGCACCUAGAGUCUCGGCCGUGCCUGGCAACGUGAAGACUGUUCCCAAAAAGCAGGAACCAACCACGCCACAGUCGCAAGGCCAGCCUUUCAUGCCUCGAUCGGCAACUGCCCCAUCACCUCUCGAGUCUGCAGCACCUGCGUUACCAUCGGCGCCAGAAAUUCCCAUGUACACUCCGCGACCGAUGUCGCGCGGGAGCAUCAGAUCAGCACCUUCGCACAAACCUGGCCCUAUGAGCGCAGACAAGCUAAGACUCAUGAAAGCUGUGGAGCUGCGCAGAAAGCAGAUGCGCAAGUCGCACGGCACAACGUUCAAUCCGAUCAACGAAGAACUACCAGAUGUACCAGCUGUACCAGAUGUGCGCCAGCCAUCUGCAGUGGUUGAGGCGAAGUCCCCUGUGCCGCAGCAUCAAAGUCAGAGCAAGGCAAAUUCAGAACAGGAACCCGAAGUGAACAGCACCGAUGACGAAAGCCAGAAUCAGUCGUCCAAAGCAGACUCAGGCAUCGAGAUCCGAUAUGGUACUCCUGAUACUCAACGGACCGAAGAGACGAUUGAGGAGGUUCCUGAACAUGCCGUGGUCGCUUUAGGUUCUGAUGAAGAAGAGUUAGAAGUGCCCUCGAGCGAGACGACAACAACUUUGAAUGACCCAAGUUCCAACAUCGACAAUGGCGAUCACGAGGACAUCCAUACUGAUGCAGCUUCAACGACAGCCAGUCAAACGCCCACAGAGCAGCCAACAGUAUCGGAGCAUGGCAGUGAAGGUACGACGAGAGGGCCAAGGAUAGUGCUGGCAGAUGAGACACCUCCGCGAGUAUCUGCCACUGAAAUCGUUGCCGAAUCCGACCAGGAAGAUGGCGACGCAGCAGAGCCUGUGAAAGAUCAUGAUAAGCAAGAUCAUGAUAAUGCCGAUGUUCAAAGCUCAACAAUGGAUGUGGCGAAGCGCAGACGAGGAAUCGUGGAGCCAUUGUCGCUUGACACAACCCCGGGAAAUCCAGACGAUGACGAUCUGGACUCUGAUGAUGACGAAUUCUUCGAAGAAUUGCAUAGUGCUACAGUGCAGGAGGCGAAGCCCAUAACAGUUGCCAGGUCGCCCAUAGCAUUAGCGUUCCAUGCGAGGCGUUUGAGCGCUGAAACCCUCGCUUCGGUCAACUCUGUACAGAUGGCUAGAGCGGCUAAAUCUGCUCCAAGUGAAGCAUCAGAUCAUGAAGUGCGGUCACCUUGGCUUGGUUCUUCCCCCGCAUCCCCCGCGAAGAAUCAAGAGUCGGCAUCCGCUGCACGCGCCCGCAAUGUGUCGUCUGGCAUCUCGAAACGCAUACAGGCACUGACAGAGCGGUCAAUCAAGGAAUCGAGCCCUCCAUCGACUGCUGCAUCCCCGGGAGGGCCUGGGAAAUCAAGUCGCAGGACUCCGCCAGGAUCUCGAGCCUCGUACAGACGUCAAAGCAGACAUAGCGCGGCAACCACACCUACACUGACUACACCCUCUGAGGAGGAUCGGCCAGCCUGGAGUGUGCAACACGACCCUGUUACCAAUAGAAAUACCGUGUCUGUCUCCACGCGCAUCGCUCGUCCGGGUGUGCCAAUGCCCAUCACCACGCGAACGGCGACAAUUCCAGAGCCAUCCUCUGGUGAUGAAGUUAUCAAGACGCCUACGACACCAGCGAUUGAGGUCGACCCUCCCCAAAGCUCAGCCCAUUCUAUAAAGUCAAUCGACUCCCGUUCGCUGCACUCCCAUUCUCGUGGACGUCGAUUCGGGUUGCAGAGGCAUCAUUCGACACCCGCUCUAGAUGAAUUUCCCCCGCCGCCGCCCAAUAUUCGCAUCUCUUCAACCAUGUCGCUUCCAGUCCCUGACGAAAAUAUUGCCCCUAAGGAGGGCAACAAAGCCAGCCGCUUCUUCAAGCGCAUGAGCGUAUUGGCGGGACCCAAAAAGAAGAGUGGACCGCACUCGCCACCUGCCUCGAGAAGCCCGCUGAAAUCCCAGAGCACUCUCUCGCCUCCCCAGAGUGCUCGGCCUAUGAGCGUGGCAGCGACAAAGUCUGACACACCACCUGCUGCCGUCGUGGGCGAUCUAAAUGUUCAAUUUCCAGACUCUCUACUGUGGAAACGGCGCAUUGUCACUGUUGAUGAUUAUGGCGUUCUGCAAUUUGCCAUUGCUCAAGCCAUGGACAUUCAUCGAGGCGUUGCCAUGAAAAGAUAUCCUCUUACGGAGUUUAAGGCACCCUUUGUGCCAGAUCUUGAUCAGCAGGAGCUGCCGCAUUCCGUUGUACUGGAAUUUGACGACGGAACUUCGUUACAGGUUGCAUGCGAGGACGCAAUGACCCAACGUCAGGUCCUCUCGCUGCUUACUACCUAUUGGAAGGCUUACAUGGAUAAUAUGACGGAGGUGUAA